GCUGUCAACUGCCCCGCCUCCUCCGUCUCCCGUAUCUGCACAGCCGAGCAGCGCUACGACGGCAAUGAGGCAACGAAAGGGAGAUGGGGCUCAGCCGUUUUAAGUGACACUUGUGAGCUUCGCUUGACACAGGGGAAAGCGGCAGGGGCGAGCGGAAAGAGGAGACGGCGACCCUUCCCUAUCCCUCCCCGGGCGGGAGGGGGCCCUCUCGUGCACCAUGAGCUUCUUGAUCGACUCCAGCAUCAUGGUGGUAUCUCAGUUACUGUUCUUUGGAUUUGGAUGGCUGUUCUUCAUGCGCCAGCUAUUUAAAGACUAUGAGGUGCGACAAUAUGUUGUGCAGGUCGUCUUCUCUGUCACAUUUGCUUUUUCAUGCACUAUGUUUGAACUCAUCAUUUUUGAGAUUCUAGGCAUCCUAAACAGCAGCUCCCGGUAUUUUCACUGGAAAUUGAACCUGUGUGUGAUUCUGCUUGUGCUAGUGUUCAUGGUGCCCUUUUACAUUGGCUACUUUGUUGUGAGCAACAUUCGAUUGUUACACAGACAUAGACUGCUUUUUGCCUGUGUUGUUUGGUUAACAUUCAUGUAUUUCUUCUGGAAACUGGGAGACCCAUUUCCUAUCCUCAGUCCAAAACAUGGAAUUCUGUCUAUAGAGCAGCUCAUCAGUCGGGUGGGAGUAAUUGGGGUGACCCUCAUGGCUCUGCUGUCUGGAUUUGGUGCGGUCAAUUGCCCAUACACUUACAUGUCUUACUUUCUCAGGAAUGUGACAGAUGCAGAUAUUCUAGGUCUAGAGCGUCGCCUCCUCCAGACCAUGGAUAUGAUCAUCAGCAAGAAGAAAAGGAUAGCCAUGGUUCACAGAAACAUGUUCCAGAGAGGUGAAGUGCACAACAAGCCCACUGGUUUCUGGGGCAUGAUUAAAAGUGUUACCACCUCUUCCUCAGGCAGUGAAAAUCUGACACUUAUCCAGCAAGAAGUAGAUGCUCUGGAGGAGCUGAGUCGGCAGCUUUUCCUGGAAACGGCUGACCUACAUGCUACCAAGGAACGAAUAGAAUACUCCAAAACAUUCCAAGGGAAAUAUUUUAAUUUCCUGGGCUAUUUUUUCUCCAUCUAUUGUGUUUGGAAAAUUUUUAUGGUNNNCAUCAAUAUUGUAUUUGACCGGGUUGGGAAAACUGAUCCAGUCACAAGAGGAAUUGAGAUUACUGUAAAUUAUUUGGGAAUCCAGUUUGAUGUAAAAUUCUGGUCCCAGCAUAUUUCAUUUAUCCUUGUUGGAAUAAUUAUAGUCACCUCUAUCAGAGGUUUAUUGAUAACACUCACAAAGUUUUUCUAUGCUAUCUCCAGCAGCAAGUCCUCCAAUGUCAUAGUUCUGUUGCUGGCACAGAUCAUGGGGAUGUAUUUUGUAUCUUCAGUACUUCUGAUUCGGAUGAGCAUGCCUCUGGAGUAUCGCACUAUAAUUACUGAAGUUCUCGGGGAAUUACAGUUUAACUUCUACCACCGCUGGUUUGAUGUUAUAUUCCUUGUCAGUGCUCUCUCCAGCAUUCUCUUCCUCUACCUAGCACACAAGCAGGCGCCCGAGAAGCAUAUGGCACUCUAAGUCCAUCAUGGUUCCCCAGUGCCUUUUGGAAGAACAACAGUGCACUUGGCACACUGUCAUCCUGCCGUGACUCUUUCUCUGACCGGUGACCAACUGUUUGGCUCCCGUAAAUGGUUCGGCUUGGGCAGAGAGUGGCAAGAAACAGCCGAGAGCCUCAAAGUACUUAAUUCAGUUUUUUGGGACACGAUUGAGAUGAAAUCGUUCAUAAAAGAAUAUCUGAAGAAACUUGAGGUGAUUGCUCUAUAAAAAGAGGAUGGGUGAGCUUCAGCGAGAAAGGUGACUGGCAAAAUGUCUGCCUAAUAAUGCAGUCCUGUGUGGAAUUACUCCAGUCAAAGGCCAGUGAAAUCUGUGGGAUUACAGUAUCUGCACAUAGGAUUGUACGGCAUGUGCUGUAAUCCUGGAGAAUAGAGGUGUUGGAAUGAACCUCUCAAUAAACCAAGAUUUCUAAUAAGGUCUGGCUUCACAAUAAU